GUGGGAGCGGAGCCCUUUCCCGCCGCGGAGCCCGGGGCCGCCGCCACGUGGGGCGGCGCGCCGGCGGGAAACGCGCCCGGCCGGCCCCAGCACCCCAUUGGCUGCGCUGCGUCACGCGCCGGGCGGGAGCUCACGUGGACGAGGCGGCCGGCAGUGAUUGGGCGGAGGGCAGCGGGCGGGGUCACGUGGCGGACGGAGCAGGCCGGCGGAGGCGGCGGCGCCAUGUCGCGCUGGCCGGGCCCGGCCGGGCCCCCGCGGCCCGCUGGGGCCGCGCCGCUCCCCGUCGGCCGCGACCUGGACGCGGAGCGCGAGAAGAUCCGCAGGGAGAUCGAGGAGCUGGAGCGCAGCCUGGAGCCCGGCGGCGGGGCGGCGGGUUCGGAGUGCAGCCUCAGCUCCGGCACGGAUGAUGAUGCUGAAGAUGAUGACUCAGAUUCCCAUGCUGAAACGGAAAUGGAAAGGGAAGAGGACAGUAGUGAUGAUGAUAUUGAAAAUAGUCUCCCAGAGGAUCCAGAAACAUGUCUGCAGAUGAACCAUGUGUACCAGGAAGUUAUCCAGGAGAAGAUUGAGGAAGUUGAACUUUUGAUUGCACAAAACAAAGAACAGCAGAAGGAAAUCAUGUGGGAGCUUGGUGGUCCAAAACCAGCAAAAGCAGGAGAUGGCAGAAGUUUACCAGCAAAUAUAUUUUUGGGUCAUUUUAUGAAGCCGUACUUUAAGGAUAAAACAACAGGAAUUGGCCCUCCUUCCAAUGAAGAUGCCAGGGAAAAGGCAGCUCAAGGCAUAAAAUCCUUUGAACAACUACUUGCAACAAAAUGGAAGAGCAGAGAGAAGACAUUAUUGCAACAAUCAGUAGUAAGUGACCGCUUGCAGCGCCUACUUCAGCCAAAGUUACUGAAGUUGAGUUACUGGAAUCAGAAGCUGGAAAAAGUCAAGACAGAAAUGGAGAAACAGAUCUUGGAAAAACAAAUCAAAGAAGCGGAGCGAGAAAUAGAGGCAAUUAACCAACUCCCAGAAAGUGACUUGAUUGGAAACAGAUUCGAUGAGCAUGACUGGGAGAAAAUUUCGAACAUCCAUUUUGAUGGACAUCGUAGUUCAGAAGAAUUGAGGAAGUUUUGGCAAAAUUGGGAGCAUCCGAGCAUCAACAAAAAGGAAUGGACUGAGGAGGAAAUAGAGAAGCUAAAGGAAAUAGCUGCUAAUCACAAUUAUCUGGAUUGGCAAACUAUAGCCCAGGAACUGGGGACAAGCAGGACUGCGUUCCAGUGCCUGCAGAAGUAUCAAGCCUAUAACAAGGACUUGAAAAGGAAAGAAUGGACUAAAGAAGAAGACAAGAUGCUUGCAGAUCUCAUUCAAGAGAUGAGAGUUGGAAGUCAUAUCCCAUACAAGAAAAUUGCUUAUUAUAUGGAAGGAAGAGAUUCUACCCAGCUGAUUUACCGAUGGACAAAGAGUGUGGAUCCCAGUUUGAAGAAAGGACCCUGGACGCCAGAGGAAGAUGCUAUGUUGUUGGCUGCAGUUAAGAAGUACGGAGCCCGUGACUGGUAUAAAAUUCGAACAGAAGUACCGGGAAGAAGCGAUGCUCAGUGCAGAGAUCGGUACUUAAAAGCAUUGCACUGUGAUGUAAAGAAAGGCAAGUGGAGUUUAGAAGAGGAGGAGCAACUAAUUGAACUGGUGCAAAAGCAUGGGCUGGGUCACUGGAGUAAAAUAGCUUCUGAACUGCCACAUCGCACUGGCUCCCAAUGUCUAAGCAAGUGGAAACUCAUGAUUGGGUCUAAGGAAAAAAGGUCUAGGCCAAAGAAACGCCGGCAUGGAUGCAGAGAGAGUUCCAGCUCUUCAGAGAGUAGCAGUGAAGACAUAGAACUGGAGAUAACGGACAGUUCAGAGGAGGAAACAAACAAGGAGGAGGAAUGCGCUUUUCCUAGCAUUGAUUUGUGGAUACCGACACGGGCAAACCCACAGGAGUCAAACAAAGGAAGAUGCCAAAGUUCUUCCCUUUUCUCUCCAAUGACCGCUGAUGCGAAGAUCAGUAGCAGUGAAGUUCCAUAUGCACCAUCUGAUGGAGGCAAGGAUGGAGUUGCCGAUAAAUCGUCAGAGUUGAACACCAUCCUGAGGGGCCUUGCGCAUCCACAUUCAACUGACAUCAGUGUGAAGAAUCCCAUAGAAGAAGUGACCAAGGCUUCCAGAUGUGGAAAGCAAGUGCUGCGGGUUACCCUGGAUAAUGUGAGAAGAGCAUUAAGAAAAAACACGUACUUUCAGAGGAAACAUCAAUCACAGAUGGUAAAACCUUCUGCCACCCCUUCAACAAAACUACCUGGAGUUAGUACACCUGUUGGCCAAGGGCCUCAGGGACUGCAGAACAGCGUGGAGAAAACUUUCCGUCAAGAGAGAGAGCGUUUGAAAAGAAUAAACCUUGACAGAAGGCUUCUAAUGGCUGUGACACCUUGGGUAGGCAAUGUACUGCUGCCUUGCACCUUGCAAAGUGGGAAGAUGGCUUUUCAUCAGACUAAAGCUGAUACCAUUCAAGAGAAGAUUAGGUCCAUCAGUCUCACGAGCACUCCCCUGUUCACGCUUUUCAUUCAGCUCUUUCAGAUUGAUACCAAUGGCUGCAUGAAAGUUAUUCGUGAGAGAAGGCUAAGGCAGUCAGAGCUCCUUAAGGCUAGUGUGAGAAGGCCUCAGCAGGCUUCCCAAAAUGUGGAGACUUCUUCAGGCAAUUCAUUGCACCCUUGCACUCAGAGGAACUCCCAAAGAGGUGUACCAAAGAGCACUGUCAGGAGACCUGUUGCCUUAAAAGCAAAGCAGACUUCCAUUACUGUUCUGGAGAGCAGUGCUCCUUCUCUUGCCACACAGGCAGCUCUUCAAACCCAAGUUCAAAGGCAAAAGCCUAAAACUGUCUCAGAAUUGCUGAGGGAGAAAAGGCUAAGGGAAUCCGCGGCAAAGAAAGCUAUGCAGAGAACAGUAUUUGUUGCCCCACAGAUGUUGGUUUCGGGGCCAAUGAUAAUCCAGCAUCCACCACAGCAAAUCAUUCCUUCUGCACAAGUAAAGAGCAAACUUGCAGCAGCUGCUUGUACCAGUAGCCAAGUACAGUGUGCACCAGUACCUUUGCCAGCAUUUACUUCUGUUGCAGGUUCUACUUCUACUACCGUUGUGCUUGAAAACCAUUCCUCACCAGUACCAGCUGUGGAAAGCCCUGGUUCCUCCCAAGGGACAAAAGCACAGUCCAGUAAGGAACUAAACGAGCAAGCUUUUGAAAGUAGUCCUGAGGGAGGGAGUUUUCCAGCUGUGAAUCCAGCUACAGUGCAAAAGGCCCCAGAUCUGGGAAGGACAAAUGGUCAGGUCAUGGCUGGUACCUCAGCUCCAGUAGUGUUGCAAAACCAAGCUUUUGUGCCACAUCAAAUUACAGUGCUGCCUGUUGGCAUGGAGUCCAGCAACAAAAAAGUGUCUCUUUCUGCAGCAACUACCUGUGAGCUAAAUGGUGGUGGGCCACAGCAGAGGCCAGUCAAUCUAUUGCCUGCUCUUGUUACUCCACAAACUAGUUCCCCUUUGAUUACUAACAGCAUUUUGCCUAUCACAUGGGUUGUAACACCACAGGCUUUGCUUCCCACCUCUGUGCAGACUGUUGUGGGUAUUCAAGGACUGCCAGCUGCUGCUGUGAGAAAUCAAAGUGAGGCAGGUGUGACUUGCAAUGGCAAUGGUUCCAGUGGUUUCGGAGUGCCUCCUGUACCAGCUGGAGCAAGCGUCUCCCCUGCUAGCAGUACAGGGACAAAAGCUCUAAGUCCUCAGCUAGCUGAAGGGGUACCGUUGGGAAAGAUGGUUGGAUUAAACCAUUCCACACUGCUGCUACCUUCAACCUCAGCUAAUUCUGGAUGCAGCCCUUUGAACACUUCUGCAACACCUGCCUGUUCAAAUGGAUUCCCCAAAAUUUCUGACUGCUCUGCAAAUCAGAUGGCAUUUCCAGUUGAUGCACCAACCCUGCAUACUUUGUUGCUGCCGCAGACACAGCCACCUGCAAGUGCUCAAGGAUCUGAUUCCCAUUCUGUGCCAAGUCCCAUGAACUUGGGAAGGAGCCAUGACUCUAUUACAACAGACGAAUCACCUUCCAAUGCAAACACCACCAUGGAAGCAGUUGUGCUCCAGCCAAGAGAUCCGCUUCCUCAUAGCAAUGUCCCAGGUAACUCUAAUUGCUUUGCUGCCCAAGUAUUGAAAAACCGGCCUAUUGCCUGCAAACCACCGACAGCACAGCCUGCUGACAGUCUGCCACAGUCAACAACUUCCAGUGCAGAAAAGAAUCUGCUUGACUUUAGCCUGAUUUCCCUUGAAGAUGAGGUGCUAGUGAAGGAAUGGCUGAAUGGGAAGCAAGGUGUCCAGGUACCAUCACUGCAAACCAGGCUGCCUUAUUUGCCACCUUUUCUGUGCAAUUUAAAAACCCUCUCAAAGCUACUUCUGCAGAAGGCAGCUCUAGAAGAGCGUGCAGCAUGUCUUUUGCCUGCUGAUGCAAGUCACGAUGAGGAGGCUAGGGAUGACUUGCAUGCUAUCAGUGAAUUGGUACAGCAGAAACUUGGUGAUAACCCUGCUUAUCUCCUAUUGAAAGCCAGAUUCCUAGCAGCCUUUACACUCCCAGCUGUGCUAGCAACUCUGCCUCCUCCAAAAGUGACAACAACCCUGUCGGCUAGCAGGAAGGAAUACAAAGAGAGUGAUGAAGAGGAGUGGCAGAGUGAGAAGGAAGUGGAAGAUGAAGAGAGCUGUGGGAAAGACUUAACAAGUGUACAGCUGGAUGGGACAGCUGGUGCUGAGCCUGGAGACGAUGCUGACUUACUGAGUCAGGACGUGGAAGCUGAAGAGAUGGCUUCACAGUCCACCUUGGGUUCCUGCACUGAUGUGACUGAUGCUACUCCUCCUCAAAUCAGGAGAAGUGCCCGCUUCAGGAAAAGGAAGAGGACAUAAGGGAAUAUGAGUCCCUUGAGUGAAAUGAGGUCUGCCUUCCUACAUGGCAGUAGCAGCUAUUCUUUGCACUAUUCACUUUUAACACUUCCGACAAGCUGGCCAGACAGACCUGGGGAAGAAAGGGAAAUGACUGCACUGACUUUUUCCAUCACCUAACCAAGUCUCUGUAUUUAAACAAAUUUCGAAUAAUGAAACAAAACUUUGGGAGGGAAGUCUUUCCGGCACAGACCAAUCUCAUUCUCGUUCAAACUAAUGUCUGCCGUAGAUAAUGUUGGGAAAGAUUGCUGAAGAUCGGGGAAGCCAGCAAUGCUAGUUAUUUAUUUCCUUUUUGUGUCAGCCACUAUUUAUAUGAAUGUUUGUCCACAUUUAGAAUAUGUGGGUCACUGAGGGGUAUUUUUUUAGUGCUGUGACAGUAUUUUUGUUUGACAAGUAACUGACUGAAAUAAUGCUGCUGAAUAAGCAGUAGAUUAAUUUUGUAUCAAAAUGUGUUUUGAGUAUUUGUUGAAAUACAGAUAUUUUA